GGAGGGAGAAAGAGGAGGAGGAGGAGGAGGAGAGAAAGGAGGAGCAGGAGGAGGGGUUACGUGGAGCCGGCGCCGCCGCCGCUGAGGGCGCGGGGUGGGCUGAGGGGCUAUGCCGCCGCCGCGGUAAUUGAGAAUGGGUCCUCAACAAUGCUAAGUGUACAAUGGGAAGUGUCACGCUUCGCUAUUUCUGUUAUGGGUGCCUUUUCACAUCGGUGACUUGGACGCUUCUGCUCUUUGUUUAUUUCAACUUCAGUGAAGAGAACCAAUCCUUCAAGAAUGUGCCCGUCAAGGGGCUAGAACCUCAGAGGCCAUUUCCCAAAAAAUUCUACCCCCGUUUCACUCGGGGGCCGGUUCAUAUACCUGAAUUGCAACAGAAAGAGAGUAAGUUUAGAAAUCCUCUUGGAAAUCAUGUCCAGGACCCAGUAAAGGGGGAGGGAGACUUCUCUCCUGAAAUGGGAAUGAUUUUUAAUGAAGAAGAUCAGGAGGUACGAGACUUGGGCUAUCAGAAACAUGCUUUCAAUAUGCUCAUCAGUAACCGGCUGGGAUACCACAGGGAGAUACCUGAUACAAGAGAUGUGAAAUGUAGAGAGAAGUCCUACCCUUCGGAUCUGCCAUUUGCCAGUGUUAUCAUCUGUUUCUACAAUGAAGCACUUUCUGCCCUGCUCCGCACAGUGCACAGUGUCCUGGAUCGCACUCCUGCACACCUUCUUCAUGAAAUUAUUUUGGUGGAUGACAACAGUGAACUGGCUGACUUGAAGAAAGACUUGGUUGAAUAUGUUAAAACUCAGCUUCCAAAAACAACGAAACUAGUAAGAAAUGAGAAGCGGGAAGGCUUGAUUCGAGGCAGGAUGAUUGGAGCCUCUCAUGCUACAGGAAAAGUGCUGGUAUUCCUGGACAGUCACUGUGAGGUGAACGAGAUGUGGCUGCAGCCUCUGCUGACUCCAAUCAAAGAAGACCGCAGGACUGUGGUGUGCCCUGUGAUUGACAUAAUCAGCGCUGACACACUUACCUACAGCUCUUCCCCAGUUGUGCGUGGAGGGUUUAAUUGGGGCCUGCACUUUAAGUGGGAUCUUGUUCCUUUGUCAGAACUCGAAGGACCCGAGGGAGCCACUGCUCCAAUCAAGUCACCUACUAUGGCUGGAGGCCUGUUUGCCAUGGAUCGUGAGUACUUUAAUGAACUUGGACAGUAUGACAGUGGCAUGGACAUCUGGGGAGGAGAAAAUCUGGAAAUAUCUUUUCGGAUUUGGAUGUGUGGGGGUCGACUUCUGAUCAUUCCCUGCUCCAGAGUGGGACACAUUUUCCGUAAAAGACGUCCCUAUGGCUCACCAGGGGGACAGGACACCAUGGCUCAUAAUUCAUUGAGGCUGGCACAUGUGUGGAUGGAUGAAUAUAAGGAGCAGUAUUUUGCUUUGAGACCUGAGCUAAGGACAAGGAACUAUGGAAAUAUAACUGAUCGUGUAGAACUGAGAAAAAGAUUGAACUGCAAGUCAUUCAAGUGGUAUUUAGAUAAUAUCUAUCCUGAGAUGCAAGUAUCCGGGCCCAAUGCCAAAGCUCCGCAGCCAGUCUUUAUUAAUAGAGCACAAAAACGACCAAAAAUAAUCCAGCGUGGAAGGUUGUAUCACCUUCAAACCAACAAAUGCCUGGUUGCUCAGGGCCACCCAAGUCAGAAAGGAGGCCUGGUAGUGAUUCGGGAGUGCGACUACAAUGAUCAAAACCAGGCUACUUUUGCCAUGUAAAUACACAGCAGUCUCAGUAAGUUGAAGGAACAAAGUGAACUCUACUCAAGAAAACACGUAGAGAUCUGGGGAGCAGCACUAUCCUUCUUGAGACUUGCUGAGCGCAGUACUUUUGACUGGAAAAUGGUCUUCUGUGUAAUUUGUAGUUAGAAAUAGCCCAAGUAGAAGAAAUGGAAGGUUCUGGUAGAACAGAGAUCGGGGACAAGAAGUCUGAAGUGACAGAAGCUGAGGAGCAGAAAUACUGUGUGAAUUUUGCAAGCAGAAGGCUAACAUGGAAUGAACAUUUUGUAGCUGAAGAGUGGUUGUGUGGAGGAGAUGCCAGGACAGCUGAAGUGAACUCUUCUGCUCAAAGUCAGCAGUAUGUGACCUCUUUCCAUAAACAAAAAUGGGAAUGCACGAGGUAGUGCACAGCAGGAAAUUGGGUGGUGAAGGAGGCCAGGAAGCAUUUAAGGGCUUUGGAAGACUAGACAUCUCCAUCUCUGUCUCUUAUAAUGAAAUGCAGAUGUAAAAAAGCAACAAGAAAAACCAACAAACAAAAGCAAGCAAAAAAAAAAUCCAACCCUAAGUGUUGUGGAUUCUACCCAAAAACAUUGUGUCCAAGGUUAAUCAGAUGGUGAUAGAUAACAAGGAUGCUGAAGUUCUUUUUUCCUUUGGGACAUCUAUCACAGAAGUAGAAGUAGUUACUGACAAACUUAAGGGGAGCUUCUAAGACAACUAAUGAAGAUUUUGGAAUGAAGCAUAAAGGCCAACAGAAGGCUAACCAGUGGGAAUGCUUGUGAUCUAGAUUGGGUUUGUCAGAUAUCUAAUGCCUGCUUGUCUUCUUCCUGACCUAAAUGCUUCAAGUUCCUUUUCCAAAAAAUCUCCUACUCUGAGUUAGGCGUGUUUUUUUCUUCAGCUGGUAUCACCACUUCUCUGUGCAUUUGCUUCAUUUCAGUAGUUUAAGCUUUCCUUAACUUAGCAACACGUUAAGCUUUAAAGUUGAGUGUUGCUGUUGUGGCAGGGGUCAGCUGGUGGGCGUCUGCUCAGCUGAGUGGGGCUUGGGAAGUCAGAAGAGCUCUGUUAACCUCUUGCAGCACUCCAUAAAUGUAAGCAUGUGUCCUUCUGACCCUGGAACGCUUUGCAGAAGGAUGCAUUUUCUAAAGUGCUCCAGUUGUGUAAGAUUCUCCUCCCGAAAUCUCUGCAUCAUGGGUGUAAGUUUGUUUUUCUGAUGCGUUUCUCUGGAGCGAGCAUGAAGAAGUGCAAGCUGCCUCUACCUGCUGCGUUUUCAUCAGCCCAUGGAAGAACACCAUCCCACAGUCCCUCUUCAGAACAUCAGCCACACACUGAAAUGUGAAAGGGGACCAUGCACCAGCAUUAGGAAUACCUUCAGGGGGACCUUAGGUCUCCUGGGUGGCAAUAGGUUGAAGUAAUGAUUACAGACCCUGUGUGUUGCUAUUUCUGUUGACUUUCACAAGUUAUCUGGUGCUGUGAUGUCGUCGUUAGCCACAAGAAACAUCAGCUGAAGGGUCUGCACGUAGCUGUGAUGAUGCGGUCAAUAGGCACAGCUCAUUGUGCUGAGGUGGCUUCUUGGUGCUCUUCGGCUCCAUUUUUGCCUUCUAAAAACUCUUUGAUGGAAUAAUGCACUGGUGCCAAUGUAAGCAAUGGGUUGUCGCUGCUCAGAGUGCUGGCUUGCAUUUAUUGGAGUGAAGUUUUUCAAUGCAUUCCUUUGCUCCUAAUGCAAUUUACAGAUGAAAUGAAUGUACAACCAUAAAGCUUUUCCCAGCUGCCUACCUUGUGUCUUUUGCUGCAUAUCUUUGCAAGCCGAAAGCUGAAGUGUAGGCUGAUGCUUCCAUACAGUUCUGAAGUAUUUGUUUCCCAGGAGCAGUUCCUCCUCUUCAGCUUACUGUAGCUUCCUUGGUUUGCUUGAUUUUUCCCAGCUUGGGUGCUGGGUUUUGCUUUAGUGCAGCUGUCUUUACUGCCGCUAGACCCAAAGCCUUCCAUAGCGAACUCCUUUUGUGCUGAGAAGUGGCAGUGUGGGGCCGUGCUCCUUGCUGUGGGCACCAUUCCACCCCUGUCCUCACCCAGCUUUCCCUGGAAGCAGUUCAGCUGCCUGUUAUUCAUUUACAUUAACCACAGUGUGGUGUUAAUUUCAUCUUCUCGUCUUUUAAUGGAAUAAAAUAAGUCAGUAACGCAGCCCUGUAUAUCUUCAUUAUUGCAAAAUAAAAUAAAUAUGCUGGAGAGGGAUCUCUGGAUUUCUAUGUGGUCACCCUAUGGCAACGAGGGCUGAACAUCAUCCAUCCAUGCAUCAGCAGGGAAAUGUUUAAUAAACUUCAGUGUGUGUGAAGAUUUUCAGUCAUAUGAUGGAAAGCCCCAUGGCGUGGCUUUGCUUUCCCUGGCUUCUGCUUUCAGCACUGUCCCUGUGCUCUUCUCCCAGUUCUUACCAGUUUUUGCUGCAGGGGCCUCCCUGUGGGUUCAGAAUAGCCCCCCUGGUUGGGUAUUUAGCUGCCUGGUCUCCAUAUCUGCCCUUCCCUGCAGAGCUCUGCUUUUCUCUGCUUUCUCCUUUCCUGACAUCUCUCUCAGGCUGCCUUGAGUUGCAUUUACCAAAUACCCACUGUGCCACAGUAGCGGGGACAAACUGACAGCAUGUCCUGCUUGUUGUUAGAGGUGACAAGAGAGAAGGUCCCCAAACAAGUCGUGCAGUGUCAGGAAGCUGAGCACAGUGGGAGCUGCAGAUGUGAACCCACGCACUCUUGCUUUAUGCAGACAGGCCUAGAGGGGGCUGGGUUCAGUUGCUGCUGCUGAUGGGGAGUUAUGCAAGUUCUGCAGGUCCAGAUUGAGGCAUUUUUG